AUGGCAUCUAUCCCUAUAUCAGGCUCUUUUCCGAGUGGAUACGGCGACAUGAAGAUCAUUGCGAGCGAUGGUGUCACCUUUUACUUCCCAUCCUUCCUCCUUAUGCACAUGUCGCCGGUAUUACGGGACUCGCUUAAUGAUAUCAGACCUCCUGGUCACUCAUCUGUCCCAGGAGACCCGACGGUCAGCCUGAACACGGCAUACCCUUCAGACGUCAUCGAGGCAAUAUUACGCCUUUGUGAUCCAAAAAAAGAAGAGCCUUCCUUCGAUUCCAUGCCAUCGCAAUCUGCCUUUCUCGAGGCUGGUCACAGAUGGAAGAUAGAGCGGGUACUGGGAUGGUGGGAGAAAAAGGCAAACGAAACGUUGGAAAAGUAUCGUAUAGGCUAUAGAUACAAUAGCUUCUCGCCUGAAAUGGCACUCAUCCUCGCCUCGCGGUUCCAAGCAUCUCCGGUAUUCGCUCGAACCUGCUUGCGGGUUCUCAUCCUCGAGCCAUAUACGCAGUUACUCACGGAGCUCUCUAAACAAGAAUAUCCCCUGUACCCACCACUCUUCAUCCAUCUCCUCCAACUGCGUCAAGAGCGCACAAGAUUCAUCUGCGAGAAGAUUACACGACGACAUAAUGAUAUGAGAUCGUGUUCAAACUGUUCGUGGUUUGGACUUGGUUUGGGUCACGCUGUUCGUGAUUUGAUUCUUCAGGUGAUGGAGACCCCAUCUUGGCGGACGUUGAGUGCUUGGUCCUUUGAAGGGUGUAGAUGCGAACGGAAGAACGAUCAGCUCAUUGGAGCAGAGUGGGAAGAGGAUAUUUUGCGGCAGGAGAACCUGUUGCCACCAUUGCCGGAUGAUUGGCAGGACAGGCCAUGGAUGGAGAGUGCACAGAUGUCGCUUACAAGGGAGCACUCUGUACAAGCGGAGUAG